UCAGUGUGUCCGCGGUCGCCGCGCAGCGCGCUAGCUACCGCCGCCCCUGUCCUACCCUACGUAUCCAGUGGCCGCUCCUACCGACGAGUGUCGCGACCGGCCGACCGCACCAGCGACGCCCGGCCAUGGCGCCACCUCGCGGGGGCCGCUCUGCGCUGCUCAUCGCCGCUCUCCUCCUGGCUUCCCAAGGUAUCCUCGAAGCUGGAGGUCUGCAACGGUUCGAGCAGCAGCCAGAAUACACGGAGGUCAACGCACGCGAGGAUGCCAUCCUUUCCUGUAAAAUCAUCAACAAGAAGGGCACGUGCUCCUGGCAGAAGGACAAUAAGCCAGUGGGCAUCUACGAGAAGAAGUACGAGUGGGCAGGCGCGCGCGACCAGGGCGACUGCAGCCUGCUGGUGCGGGCCGCCACGCUCGAGUUCGACGACGGCGAAUGGGAGUGCCAGGUGACGCCGUCCGACUACACGACGCAGGACGCGCUCACCUCCACGCCGGUGCGGCUCGUCGUGCGCGCGGCGCCGCAGGUACCCCGCAUCGAGUACAACUCCAGCCAGGUGCUGCCCGGUCACAACCUGUCGGCAAACGACGGCGACCGCGUCAGCGUCAAGUGCAUCAGCCGCUACGGAAACCCCGCCGCCAACAUCAAGUGGUUCCUCGGUGAGGAGGACGUGACCAGCCAGAGCUCGCUGAGCACGGCCAAGGAGGCGGACAACCCGCGCACGUGGGUGGCGCACAGCGUGCUGCAGCUGCGCGUGGCCCGCGCGCGCCACGGCUCGCCGCUCAAGUGCGUCGCGCUGCACGGCUCCUACAGCAGCGGCUCUGCCGACACCGAGGUGCGCCUCGACGUCAGAUACGCGCCUGAGGUGAGGCUGAGCGGCGUUCCGACCGGCGACGUGGAGGAGGGCGUGUCGCACGUGGAGCUGCGCUGCGAGGCCGACGCCAACCCGGCGGCGCGCGUGGUGUGGCGGCUCGCGGGCGAAGUGGCCAGCGUGGACUCGCGGCUGCGGCUGGCGCCCGCCGUGCGCCGAAACUCCGGCACCUACACCUGCUCCGCGCAGAACUCCGUCGGCACCAGCCGCCGCCUCGCCGUGGACAUCGACGUCAAGUACCCGCCGCAGAUCCUGUCGGUGGGCCCCGACCGGCUGGUGACGGCGGCGCUGUUCUCGCCGGCGCGCUUCUCGUGCGACGCCGAGGGCAACCCGCCCCCGCAGCUGCGCUGGCUGCAGCGAGUGCCCGCCGGCCCGGCCACCGGGCCAGCAGCAGCCGGCGCGCCGGCCGCUGUGGCGGAGGUGCUGCGCGGCACCGCCGCCGACCUCGACAUCGCCAAUGUGACGUACGAGCUGCAGGGCGAGUACGUCUGCCAGGCCGUCAACACCAUCGGCGGCUCCGCGCGCACCGCCACCAGCGAACCCGUCUCCUUGCAGGUUGUGGGAGCGCCGCAGGUGCUGGGCGGUGACGAGGUGGUGGUGUCUCGCGGGGAGGACGCUCUGCUGACGCUGGUGGUGUGCGGAGACCCGCGGCCAGACCGCGUCUCCUGGGAGUGGGGCAGCCAACAGCUCAGGGAGGGCACCUCUCUGGGCCGCUACGAGGCCGACCCUCUCGCCGACGACGUGCGGGAAGACUGCUACGAGGCGCGACUUCGCGUUCGAGAAGUGUCGCCCGCCGACCAACGCCAGUACUACCUGACAGCCGAGAAUGACCGCGGCAAGGGCCGCCACGCGCUCCACCUGCUCGUCAGGGAGCCGCUGUCUGUGACAACUCUGGUGAGCGUGGCGGCGGGCCUGCUGCUUCUGUUGCUCGUCGUGCUGUUCGCCAUCAUCUUCACCGCCCGGCGCGAGAAGUGCUGUUUCGCCAGACAAGGAAACUUCAGGCCUUCCGAUCUGGAGAGUGAGAAGAGUGACGCAGAAAGCGGCGGCGGCGGAGGCGGCGGCGGCCGCAAGUCGGUGACCAACAACAGCAGCGACUACAACUCCGCGACGCGGCCGCCGCCCACCAUCACGGGCGGCUCCUCGCCCGACGCCAUGAAGCACCUGCACUCACAUUUCAACAUUACAACGUGAUCACGCAAUCGCUGUUUGGACAAUGAGCGCGAUGCGAGUGUGAUUCGUGGAAAAUGUAAUAUAUAUAUAAGUGUUUUUGUAUAUGAAGUGUGAGACCAAAGAAACCUCUGUAAAGCUCUAUAUGUGAUUUAAUUUUUCCUGACUUACAGCGUCGGUUCAGUGGGAACUACUCCAGAGGAACAUUCAGGAAGGAGAGGGAAAAGAAAGAUAAUCUUUAUGCUGAUCUUCAGGUACCUACAAUUAGCAACAAUGGCUCUACAAUGAUGGUUUCGAAAGAAAAGACGACUAAAUUUCACAAUGAACCACAACCUGGUACAUUAUAUUCGUCAUUUAAAAGUGGCGAGCCCCCAAUAACGAAAAAUUAUUUUCAGCCCAGUAUUUUCGAAAGAGCAGAAUUAUAAGUUUUUUUUAUCGGUAUCAUGUUGUGUGUAUUGUUAGUUUCUUUUCGGUGUUUCCAGUCGUAUAUGCGGCUGUAUUUUAAGUUGAUUCGCUUUUUACGAUUCCGUCAUUGGCAUGGAGAACGUCAGAAUCUCAUCGAGUAAAACAGACUACGUGGCCAUCCAAUAUAUUGUAAGAAGUAAAUAUCUCUAACUUUGAGCGUAAACGUAAGGCCGAAAUUAUUACUAUAUUUUUACCUGAACUUAUACUUACACUUGUACUUCAAAAGAGCCGUACUUAAUGAGUGUAAAGAAGAAAUGCCCAGAACUAGAAUCUUAUGGUUGUACGAAGGGGAUCACAAACAAAUGCCACAGACACCUUUGUAAUUUAUUUCCUCCAACUAAGUUGUAAAAAGUUGUUAAGUUCCUUAGCGUAACGAAUUGGCCAAGAUUAUUCAACAUUUCGGAGUGGAAAUUUAUUUAGUAUAUGACUUCCAAUCACAACCUGCUGUUACACAUAUUAUUUGACAGCUACAGUUGCCUCUACAAAGUGACACUUUGUGUAGGAAAUAAUGAGCACAUAAUUCCUCACGAACCUUUUUCAAAUGUAUGUGAAACUAGCAGAUAGUCAAGGAAUGUAGGAUUGUAACAGCAUUCACAUGUGCGACCAUAUUCUUAAAUAAGAUCUGACAUGGACAGUGAAUGUUCUAAGCUAAGAAUCAGUACUGAACAACUUUUCGAAUUGGUGAUGUUUGUCGUUUGAUAUAAAUUGUUUCUCAAAUGUGAGCUGUUUUAUAAACAUUUUUGUAGUUAACUGGAAAUGUAAAUUGAUGUUAAGCGACGAAUAUGUGCAUGAAGUAUAACAGAUAUUGUAAUUUAAUUACAGAGGCACUGUCUUGUGUUGCAAAUAAUUUACAGACAGCAGCUGAAAGUUGUUAGGAAUUAUCUGCACUUCCUUCAUUUAAUGUAUGGCACAUCUUAGUUUUUUAUUGUUGAAGAGGAGUAAAGAUACAAAAUUUUACUGUUAAUUCAAACCUGGAUGUGUAUCAUACUUCAAGCUGUAUCUCAAUUGUUGGUGUUAUGAAUAUUUUAAGUGUGUUGUUAGGCUGUAUGUAUUGUUGAUGUAUGUACGUUCGUAUGUAUGUAUGUAUGUAAAUAAAGUUAUGGCAGUGUUUUACAAUA